AUGGGUGGGGGGGACGCCCGUGGCACCAGUGACACCAGUGACACCAGGGACACCGGCGAAAGCAGCGGCACCGGUACCGGGAGUGACCCCAGGGACGCCGGCAACACCGGUAACAGCAGCGGCACCGGUACCGGGAGCGACCCCAGGAACACUGGCGACACCAGGGACACCGGUAACAGCAGCGGCACCGGUACCGGGAGUGACCCCAGGGACGCCGGUAACAGCAGCGGCACCGGUACCGGGAGUGACCCCAGGGACGCCGGUAACACCGGUAACAGCAGCGGCACCGGUACCGGGAGCGACUCCAGGGACACCAGGGACACCGGUAACAGCAGCGGCACCGGUACCGGGAGUGACACCAGGGACGCCGGCGACACCGGUAACAGCAGCGGCACCGGUACCGGGAGCGACCCCAGGGACGCCGGCGACACCGGUAACAGCAGCGGCACCGGUACCGGGAGCGACUCCAGGGACACCAGGGACGCCGGUAACAGCAGCGGCACCGGUACCGGGAGUGACCCCAGGGACGCCGGUAACACCGGUAACAGCAGCGGCACCGGUACCGGGAGCGACUCCAGGGACACCAGGGACACCGGUAACAGCAGCGGCACCGGUACCGGGAGUGACACCAGGGACGCCGGCGACACCGGUAACAGCAGCGGCACCGGUACCGGGAGCGACUCCAGGGACACCAGGGACACCGGUAACAGCAGCGGCACCGGUACCGGGAGCGACCCCAGGGACACCAGGGACACCGGUAACAGCAGCGGCACCGGUACCGGGAGCGACUCCAGGGACACCGGUAACAGCAGCGGCACCGGUACCAGGAGCGACUCCAGGGACGCCGGCGACACCGGUAACAGCAGCGGCACCGGUACCGGGAGUGACCCCAGGGACGCCGGUAACACCGGUAACAGCAGCGGCACCGGUACCGGGAGCGACUCCAGGGACACCAGGGACACCGGUAACAGCAGCGGCACCGGUACUGGGAGUGACCCCAGGGACACCGGCGACACCAGGGACACCGGUAACAGCAGCGGCACCGGUACUGGGAGUGACCCCAGGAACACUGGCGACACCAGGGACACUGGUAACAGCAGCGGCACCGGUACCAGGAGCGACCCCAGGGACACCGGCGACAACGGUAAAAGCAGCGGCACCGGUAACAGCAGCGGCACCAGUACCAGGAGCGACUCCAGGGACACCAGGGACACUGGUAACAGCAGCGGCACCGGUACCGGGAGCGACUCCAGGGACACCAGGGACACCGGUAACAGCAGCGGCACCGGUACCGGGAGCGACUCCAGGGACACCAGGGACACCGGUAACAGCAGCGGCACCGGUACCGGCAGUGACCCCAGGGACACCGGCGACACCGGUAACAGCAGCGGCACCGGUACCGGGAGUGACCCCAGGGACCCCAGGGACACCGGUAACAGCAGCGGCACCGGUACCGGCAGUGACCCCAGGGACACCGGCGACACCGGUAACAGCAGCGGCACCGGUACCGGGAGCGACCCCAGGGACACCAGGGACACCGGUAACAGCAGCGGCACCGGUACCGGGAGCGACUCCAGGGACACCAGGGACACCGGUAACAGCAGCGGCACCGGUACCGGCAGUGACUCCACGGACACCAGGGACACUGGUAACAGCAGCGGCACCGGUACCGGGAGCGACCCCAGGGACGCCGGUAACACCGGUAACAGCAGCGGCACCGGUACCGGGAGCGACUCCAGGGACACCAGGGACACCGGUAACAGCAGCGGCACCGGUACCGGGAGUGACCCCAGGGACGCCGGUAACACCGGUAACAGCAGCGGCACCGGUACCGGGAGCGACUCCAGGGACACCAGGGACACCGGUAACAGCAGCGGCACCGGUACCGGGAGUGACACCAGGGACGCCGGCGACACCGGUAACAGCAGCGGCACCGGUACCGGGAGCGACUCCAGGGACACCAGGGACACCGGUAACAGCAGCGGCACCGGUACCGGGAGUGACCCCAGGGACGCCGGUAACACCGGUAACAGCAGCGGCACCGGUACCGGGAGCGACUCCAGGGACACCAGGGACACCGGUAACAGCAGCGGCACCGGUACCGGGAGUGACCCCAGGGACGCCGGUAACAGCAGCGGCACCGGUACCGGGAGUGACCCCAGGGACGCCGGUAACACCGGUAACAGCAGCGGCACCGGUACCGGGAGCGACUCCAGGGACGCCAGGGACACCGGUAACAGCAGCGGCACCGGUACCGGGAGUGACCCCAGGGACGCCGGCGACACCGGUAACAGCAGCGGCACCGGUACCGGGAGCGACUCCAGGGACACCAGGGACGCCGGUAACAGCAGCGGCACCGGUACCGGGAGCGACUCCAGGGACACCAGGGACACCGGUAACAGCAGCGGCACCGGUACCGGGAGCGACCCCAGGGACACCAGGGACACCGGUAACAGCAGCGGCACCGGUACCGGGAGCGACUCCAGGGACACCGGUAACAGCAGCGGCACCGGUACCAGGAGCGACUCCAGGGACGCCGGCGACACCGGUAACAGCAGCGGCACCGGUACCGGGAGUGACCCCAGGGACGCCGGUAACACCGGUAACAGCAGCGGCACCGGUACCGGGAGCGACUCCAGGGACACCAGGGACACCGGUAACAGCAGCGGCACCGGUACUGGGAGUGACCCCAGGGACACCGGCGACACCAGGGACACCGGUAACAGCAGCGGCACCGGUACUGGGAGUGACCCCAGGAACACUGGCGACACCAGGGACACUGGUAACAGCAGCGGCACCGGUACCAGGAGCGACCCCAGGGACACCGGCGACAACGGUAAAAGCAGCGGCACCGGUAACAGCAGCGGCACCAGUACCAGGAGCGACUCCAGGGACACCAGGGACACUGGUAACAGCAGCGGCACCGGUACCGGGAGCGACUCCAGGGACACCAGGGACACCGGUAACAGCAGCGGCACCGGUACCGGGAGCGACUCCAGGGACACCAGGGACACCGGUAACAGCAGCGGCACCGGUACCGGCAGUGACCCCAGGGACACCGGCGACACCGGUAACAGCAGCGGCACCGGUACCGGGAGUGACCCCAGGGACCCCAGGGACACCGGUAACAGCAGCGGCACCGGUACCGGCAGUGACCCCAGGGACACCGGCGACACCGGUAACAGCAGCGGCACCGGUACCGGGAGCGACCCCAGGGACACCAGGGACACCGGUAACAGCAGCGGCACCGGUACCGGCAGUGACUCCAGGGACACCAGGGACACCGGUAACAGCAGCGGCACCGGUACCGGCAGUGACUCCAGGGACACCAGGGACACCGGUAACAGCAGCGGCACCGGUACCGGCAGUGACUCCAGGGACACCAGGGACACCGGUAACAGCAGCGGCACCGGUACCGGCAGUGACUCCAGGGACACCAGGGACACCGGUAACAGCAGCGGCACCGGUACCGGGAGCGACCCCAGGGACACCAGGGACACCGGUAACAGCAGCGGCACCGGUACCGGCAGUGACUCCACGGACACCAGGGACACCGGUAACAGCAGCGGCACCGGUACCGGGAGUGACCCCAGGGACGCCGGUAACACCGGUAACAGCAGCGGCACCGGUACCGGGAGCGACUCCACGGACACCAGGGACACCGGUAACAGCAGCUGUUCCAGGUGUGCCAGUACCGGCAGUGGCACCAGCGGCACCAGUUGCCGUACCAGUAACACCAGUACCGGCACCACAGGUGGUACCCGUAAUACCAGUAUCGGCACCGGUGGCACCACGUAG